CUAUCGAGUCAUCCCAUGAUAUUAUCGGCAAUGUUACAGGAUCCGCCCCAUGUUAAUUGUUAUGCAAAGUGAUGUACAAUUUGGAGUAUCCCGAAUUUUAUUGUUUUUUUUUCAUGGUAACCAAACACAAUGAAAUAUAGUUUACACUUUGCCCCCUGGUCAAGUUACGUCACCUUGCUCAAAUUGCACUGGACUUCAAUAGUAAAAAACCCUAGCUGAAACCCCCAUCUUCUACACAUUUUAAGAAUAGAAAAUUGUUAUUAGGAUUAUCGUUAUAGAGAAAAAAUGGCCGGAGGGAGGUUCAGACAACUGCUGAAGAAGUACGGAAAGGUAGCAUUGGGGGUUCACUUAUCUGUCUCGGCGGCUUCAAUCACCGGCCUCUAUGUCGCCGUCAACAACAACGUCGACGUCGAGUCCAUGAUCGAGAAGGUGGGGCUCUUCAAGCCCAAAUCUGAAGAAUCGACUUCUCAAAAUCCGGACGAGAUCGGCGCCGACGCGGUUGCUCAGCCGAAGGCGAGGAAUCGGACUGCCGAGCUGGCGGCGUCCAGCGGCGGCGCCAUCGCCCUUGCUGUACUGCUCAAUAAGGCUCUGUUCCCCGUCCGCGUUCCGAUUACUUUGGCUCUGACUCCUCCUGUUGCCAGGUUUCUUGCAAGGCGGAACAUUUUCAAGAGCUCUGUAUGAUCUUUGUUUUUUAAGUUUUGUUUCAAUAAUCUCACUUUCUCAAUGCUAUCUAUUUUCUGUUCACACAUUCAAUAGCAUGUACUCAUAGAUGCUGCUAAGAACAUAAUCUGUUUUGAUCAUUGAAAUUCCCCGUCGUAACUAUUUGAGCAGUGAUCUUUUAAGCAAGGAAAAUGUCAAAACCAUUUCAUUGAUUAAUAGCAGUAAAUUUCUAUUUUGGUU